UAAUGGGAUGCUGUCAAAGCCAAGGGAGUAUUAAAAUUAGGUCUAAAAUUGCUGAAGAAAGGACCGAAGAAGAACUUCAAGUUCCCAAAGAGGUUCCAAAGCCAAAACCUGAGUCUGAGAAAGCAACUAGCAAGAGCGGGGAAGUCUCUCAGAAGAUAGAGAUAGCUAAAGUCAAGUUUGAGAAGUCUUUCAAAACUCUUGAAAAUAAUGAUUAAAAUAGCGAAGAUGCCUUUUCGAACCUCAAUGAAAGCUCUGAGAGUAAAAAUAAACGAUGCUUUUCCAUUAAAAGCAAUCAUAAGAACGAUAGCAAGUGUGAAACUGAGUGAAUGAAGUUCCUCAUGAACGAGUUAAAUUUUGAGAAAGAUGAAGAAGAAGAAAAUGGAAACAGGUUAUUUGUUGACACUCCUCCUGCUGUGUCUCACAAUAAACCCUCCUUUUCCCUUCCAAUCAAAGGACUUUUUUCAAAAGAAAAUCCGGUGAUGCCAAUCAAAAACUCUACACCACGAGAAGAGGUGGUUAAUAAGCCAGUUGAGGCUAGACUAAUUUCUUUUGAACCCUUACCCCAAAUAAAUAUGAUUAAUGUCGAUAAGUUCUACACACAAGAGCUUGAUAAGAUCAUUGAAAUAGACCAAGAAUAACAUCAUAAGCAUACAAAUAAUUAUUAUAAAACUUGACUUGA